UUAUCGUGAUCGAGACAAUAACGAACAGAACUUGUGUAACUUUAAUACGGGCAAGUUUGUGUACACGAUCGAUUUGAUAUUUCGAGGCGUAAGGAUGGCAGAACAAAUCUCAGAUAAAAUUGAAGAGACGACUUCAGAUGAACAAAUUGAUAAGAUGGCUUCAGAUGAACAAAUUGAUGAGACGACUUUAGAUGAACAAAUUGAUAAGACGGUUUCAGAUGAACAAAUUGAUGAGACGACUUCAGAUGAACAAAUUAAGAAAAUAUUGACAAAGGCGCGUUUCCUGUUUGCGAUUCAAUCUCUGCAUGCAAUGAUGAUUCUAAAAAUGAAAAAUGUCGCCUUUAGUCCGUAUAGCAUAUAUGAAGGACUUUUACUGGUUUACUUGGCAUCGAGUAAUGACACCGAAAAACAAUUGAGAUGUAAACUCCAUUUGCCUGACAAUGAUAAUGUUCAAAAUAUGAUUACAAACUGGAUAUUACAUACAACGGAGAGAAGAAAUACGGAAGAAGAAUUGCCUAAUUAUAAUAAAAUAAACAGUUGUUGGAUUGCAAAUAAUAAAGUUGUAAAUAAUAUAGCGCAAAAUUUAUUCAAAACAAUUUAAAAGUAGUAAAUUUUUGCAAUGUUUGUGACAAUGUAGAAACUCAAAUUAAUGAAUUCCUGAGAAGAAAGACAGAGGAUUAUAUCCAUCCGCCUGUGCAAAUCAACAAUAUCAACAAAGAAAUGGAAAUUAUUCUGUCGACCGUACUUUGCUCAAAAGGCGACAUAGCAAAACAGAAUGUUUCUACCGAAGCCGGCGAGAUGCAUUCACUGAAGAAACCUAGAAGCUUCAUAUCUAGCAAACUAAGGAUGAUUGUGACAGAGUUACCAUUCGCGGACAGGAACUUGUCGCUUUUCGUGUUAUAUCCGGCUUGGCAGUUUAUGAUGGAAUGGUUAGCGCACGAUGAUAUGUGGACUUUAGUUACACAAUUGUGUACCGAAGAAGGAAUCGACGAGCUUCUCAGUGUGUUAAAUUCCGAAGAGUCAUCCGAACAAUUUAGAAAAAGAGAACAGGUGCUUUAUCCAGAUUUCUUUGAAUGGAAUCACAUAUUCAAGAUAGAUAAAUUAUUGAAGAAAUUAGGCAUUAAAAAUUUAUUGAAACCCAAAAAGGCGACUCUGUCUAAAUUCACUAAAAAAAAAUUGCACCUCGGUAAUGCCGUACAUCGCUCGUAUAUUAAAGUGACACGAGACAACGUCGUUGCCGGAACAGUUAAUAUGUUCUUUACAAAAAAAGAAGCGUCUAUUAAUUUAUCCAAAAAAAUUAAUUAUUCUGCAUGUACAAAAAAGUUUCUGUGGUUACUCUAUUGCAAGGAGAGCCAGACAAUCCUUUUCAGUGGCUAUGUCAAUAAAUAUAAAUCGGCGCUUUCUCAUGCAAAGCACAAAACUUUAAUUGACACACUUUUAGUUCAACAAUGUAAUUUAAUGUGAAACUAUAAUGGCACAACAGAAAUCCACAAUAUAAUAUAAUUAAUAAA